AUGUUGAGGUAUUUUAAGAAAAUACGAGAUGAACCAACUUCAAACAAGUCAUCUCCCUCUCCACCACCUCCUCCUCCUCCGCCUCCUCCACCAGCUCCUCUUGAUGCUGACUCAAAUGAGUAUCCUAGUGAUCUUGGGCUAAGAAAGCACAUUCUUGAGUAUAAUGUUAAUGAAAGGGAGAUUGUUCGACGUUACUAUUUGCAAAAGAAUACAGCAUUGCAAAAGAUGCGGCUUUAUGUCUUUAUUGCUAUUUAUUCAAAGCGGAUCAUGGUGGUCAAAGUGGUGGUGAUUCUUUUGUUACUGAGGGAUUUAAAAAUUGGAGAAAGAAAGAAAGAAAAAUUUAAUGAACAUGUUGGAAAUCAGAGCAACAUGAUGGCGACUUAUGAUUUAAUGAAUCAAAAACAACAUAUUGAAACUUGUUUGGUCAAUCAGUCUAGUCAAGUAGCUAUUGAUUAUCAUGUUCAUUUGACAACAUCAAUUGAUUGCAUAAGAUUUCUUGUGCGUCAAGGAUUAGCAUUUCGUGGUCAUGAUGAAUCAACAAACUCACUCAAUCAUGGUAAUGUUCUUGAAUUGUUAAGAUUUCUUGCUGACCAUAAUGAGGAUAUCAAUAGAGUUGCACUAGACAAUGCUCCCUUAAAUCUCAAAUUGAUAUCGCCUGAUAUUCAGAAAGAUAUUAUCAGAUCCAUUGCUUAUUUAACCACUAAUUCUAUUCUUGGAGAUCUCGGUGAUGAAUUAUUUACUAUAUUGGUUGAUGAGGCUCGUGAUAUAUCUGUUAAAGAACAAAUGACAGUUGCUUUACGGUUUGUAGAUGAAAGGGGAAAUAUUGUUGAGCGCUUUCUAGGCCUUGUACAUCUUACGCUUGUAGUUGUUGCUGAAAAUCAUAUAAGAAUUUCUACUUUUUUUGAUGUAGUUGCACAAUUGAACAAUAUUGUUGGAGCGUCAUGCAAGCGAAGAGAUAUACUUCGUGAGAAACAAUUUGAAAAAGUUAUUAAAGGAAUUUGCAAUGGUGAUAUCUUCACUGGACAAGAGGAGGGAAAAGAUCACAAGCAAAGGACACAAACAAAUAAUCUGUUGGAAUUGAUUGGAAAAUAUGAAUUUAUAUUUCAGAUGCACUUAAUGAAGAAUAUCUUGGGAGUCACGAAUGAUUUGUCGCAAGCUUUACAAAGAAAAGAUCAAGACAUUGUAAAUGCCAUGAUUCUUGUAAGAUCAAGCAAACAUCAACUGCAAACUAUGAGAGAUGAUGGUUGGGAUUUGUUACUGAAUGAAGUUUCUUUAUUUUGUGUUAAGUAUGAGGAGUUGAACAGUCGCUUUAACGAGGUGAACGGAGUUGUUGUUGUGUAUGAGUUGCCUUGA